GACAGGACACACAACACGGUCCUUGCAUGGACUGUACUGAGGUGUUACUAGAAUAUUAUUGCAGAAAACGAGAAGCAUGGAACCAAAGUUGACUGCCAACGGGACUUACACCAUAAAUGAAAUACAUCCCUGCUAUGAAUCAGAUAAUACAAAUUACGUAUUGACAAGUAACCCUUCCAUAAUAUGUCUAUCAGUAUAUAUUUUCCUUGGCUCAUUGUCUGUUGCCACAAUAUGUGGAAAUCUUCUUGUAAUAAUCUCCGUCAUUUACUUCAAACAGCUCCACACUCCUACCAACUACAUCAUCCUGUCUCUGGCUGUGGCUGACCUGCUUGUAGGAGUUGUAGUUUUUCCUUUCAGCAUGGCAUUCUCUGUAACCUCAUGUCUGUUUAAUGAGAAUUUAUUUUGUAAAAUACGAGAUGGCUUCGAUAUAUCACUGUGCACAUCUUCUAUUCUGAACUUGUGUUGUAUUUCCAUAGACAGAUAUUAUGCAGUGUGUCAGCCUCUGGCAUACAGAACUAAGAUAAAUGUUCACAUAACUGUGAUAAUGAUCCUGGUGAGCUGGAGUGUUUCUGUUCUAGUUGCAAUUGGCAUCAUAAUUGGAGGAUUCAGUCAAGGAUCAUGUGAAGAAAUGUGCUCAGUUCAUAUUGUAAUAUCAAACACUAUGGGGCCUGUUUUUUCAUUUUACCUCCCAGCAAUUAUAAUGCUCUGUAUCUAUCUGAAGAUUUUCCUUGUUGCUCAGAAACAGGUGAACAGCAUCCAGAGCACAAAGUCUGGUGCAACUGUCAGUAAGAUGGAGAGAAAGGCCACCAAAACUCUCGCUAUAGUUAUGGGAGUUUUUCUCUUAUGUAUGACUCCUCACUUUCUUUAUCUUGUUUUUCUGCCAUUAGCUCAUGAAACCCCUCCACUUCCUAUGAUUGAAACACUUAACUGGUUUACAUUGUCAAAUUCCAUGCUGAAUCCCUUUAUAUAUGCUUUCUUUUACAGCUGGUUUCGGUCAGCCUUUAAAAUGAUCAUUUCUGGAAAAAUAUUUCAAGGUGACUUUGCUAACUCAAGACUGUUCUGAUUAUUAUUAUUUUUACAAAUUAUGAAACAAUCUCAAUUUAUUACUGAAGCCUCUAUAUUACCUACCUUAAUCUAGAGUUUAAAUUUUAACAUGCCAAUAAACAUUUCAAUGCUGAAA